GUUUCUCGUCCUCGAACGAGUGCUGCUCUAUCCAGAGCCUAAGGUUCUAUACGCAUACAGAAAAAAGGAAAAUGACGCUUGCUAUCUGCUCGACGCGUCUGUCUAAAAGGGUGGUGCAAAGGACUACUCGAAGAACGCUUAGCUCUUCAACAUGUUCGCGCAACGAAAAGCCCAUUCUGAACCGAUAUAGUCGGACGGUCACUCAACCAAAAGACCAAGGUGCUAGUCAGGCUAUGUUAUACGCGACAGAUGGUGUAAGUUCUCUAGAAGACCUCGAGAAAGCUAUGGUUGGCAUCGCAAGUGUCUGGUAUGAAGGUAACCCAUGCAACAAACAUCUCCUCGGUCUCGGACAGCGCGUCAAAAAAUCAUUGGUCGACGCAGGUCUUAUAGCCUACCAAUUUGGCACUGUCGGCGUGAGCGACGGUAUCAGUAUGGGAACGCGCGGGAUGAGCUACUCGCUUCAAUCGCGCGACCUCAUAGCCGAUGCCGUCGAAACUGCUGGCGGUGGACAUUGGCUCGACGGCAUGGUCGUUGUUCCAGGAUGUGACAAGAACAUGCCUGGUGUUCUCAUGGCUCUUGGCCGACUGAAUCGACCUGGUCUGAUGGUCUACGGAGGGACAAUUCGUCCUGGUUCAUGCGCCGGCCAACCUCAGCUCGACAUCGUCUCCGCAUUCCAAUCCUACGGAAAAUACUUAGCCGACGGACGCACCACCUCAGCCGAAGAAUUCCGCUCCAACACCGUCCGUUAUGCCUGUCCGGGCCCAGGAGCCUGCGGCGGAAUGUACACGGCCAACACAAUGGCAAGCUCCGCAGAAGCUCUUGGGAUGACCCUACCUGGAUCCUCUUCCUUCCCGGCCGAGUAUCCCGAGAAACACGCUGAAUGCGACUCUAUCGGCGCAGUGAUGCGCAAUUUGCUGGAGAAGAAUAUAUUACCGCGGGAUAUCAUGACGAGAGAAGCGUUUGAGAAUGCUAUGGUGCUUGUGAUGAUCCUUGGUGGUUCGACUAAUGCUGUUCUUCACCUCAUCGCUGUUGCUGCGUCUGUGGGCGUACGGCUCACGAUUGACGAUUUCCAAGCCGUUUCGGACCGAAUUCCUUUCAUCGCUGACUUGAAGCCUAGUGGAAAGUACGUGAUGGAGGACGUACACAGAAUCGGCGGUACCCCAACAAUUCUGUCAUACCUACUCAGAAACAACCUGGUCAACGGAAACACAUUAACUGUAACCGGAAAAACGCUGGGCGAGAACCUCGAUCGCUGGACGCAAAAACACGGAGAACUCUCCUUCACGACCCAAGACGUCAUCCGUCCCCUAGAUAAAGCCAUCAAACCCACCGGACACAUCCGUAUCUUACGCGGCAACCUCGCUCCAGGCGGUGCGGUCGCGAAGAUCACAGGGAAGGAAGGACUCACUUUCACAGGUAAAGCCCGUGCCUUCGAUAACGAGGAGGAUUUCAUACACGCUGUGGAGAGUGGGUCAUUCAAGAAGGGCGAGAAAACCGUCGUGGUGUUAAGAUACCUUGGCCCGAAAGGUGGACCUGGCAUGCCUGAGAUGCUUAAACCUACCAGUUUGAUUAUGGGCGCGGGACUAGGACAGGACGUUGCUUGUCUUACGGAUGGACGGUUCAGUGGAGGAUCGCACGGAUUCGUCAUUGGUCAUGUCGUACCUGAGGCACAGGACGGCGGACCGAUCGCACUUGUAAAAGACGGUGAUACUAUUCGUAUUGACGCGGUGAAGAAUACACUUGAGUUGGAUAUUAGUGAAGAGGAGCUUGAGAAGAGGAGAGAGGAGUGGAAAGAGCCGCCAUUGAAGGCUCGACAGGGUACAUUGUAUAGGUAUAUCAAGACUGUAUCGGAUGCGAGUCAUGGGUGUGUUACGGAUGCCUGACAAGUCUACGGAUCUAUGUUUUUCUUGUAGAGGAAUAGGAAUAAUGAAUAUGUCUGGCUGGAUAACUUUUUUCAUUCCACUGGACUACUAGAG